UUGUAACCCCGCGGAUGGUGGAUGCCCUAAAACUCAAACGAAGAAGAAAAGGGCGGAAGUGGGCAGCGGCCCGAUGUCCGUACAGAAGCGUUUCAUGUUCAUGUCAAGAUUCUUCUUUAUUAACAUUUUUCUCCCAUAUAAACAUAGACACAAGGAAACUUUGUCGUUUUUGUUUGCGCGCAAAGUGCGCUUGGAAGCUUCUCCGACCGGCUUUGCUCGUCAGUGGCGGCCAACAAGACGCGGAACUUAGCAGCGCGUGCUAACCCGCGAGCUAACGAUGAAACAACAACAAAUGUGUCGAAACAUUUGUCGUGUUCGAAGGAACGACAGCAGACUGUGAGUAGGAACUUUCUCGAACAACAGACGAGAACCACGACGUCGUUGUCAACUACUUGGACGCUCCGAUGGACACACAAGAAGAUCUUGGGCAGUGGAGCGUGGACGAAGUGGAGCGAGCGCCCGCUUGCAUCAAGGAGGAAGAGGAGGAGGUGGACCUCAGUCAGGAGGCAGGAGAGCAUCUCCAAGGUGUGCGUGAGGAGGAGGAGGAGGAGGCCGACAUCGGCCACUUCCCGCUGAUUCGAGUCGUCGUGAAGGGCGAAGGCGAAGACGACGAAGAAGCUCAGCCGUCUCAGCUUCGUCGCAGUCGGAGCGAGUCGGAAGCAGACAGCCUCUUAGCUCCUCUGUCGGACAGCGACAACCGCACCGACGACGACGACGAAGACCCCAGAGGAGGUCGCGGCAGAUGUCCCGACGACAACAAGCGCUUCAAAUGUUCCGAGUGCCCAAAAGGUUUUGGCACGGAGAGAAAUCUAAAAACGCACAUGAGGACCCACACGGGAGAGAAACCCUUCAUUUGCUCCAUCUGCGGCGGGAGCUUCUCCCUGAAAUGCACUCUCAUGAUCCACAUGAGAACGCACACGGGGGAGAAACCCUUUCCAUGCUCCGUUUGCGGCGAGAAAUUCUCUCAGAAGGUCAAUUUGACGAAACACAUGAGGAAGCACACUGGAGAGAAACCUUUUCCCUGCUCCAUCUGCGGCGAGAGAUUCUCCCAGAAGGGAAACUUGAUGAUCCACAUGAGGUGGCACUCGGGGGAGAAACCCUUUCACUGCCCGGUUUGCGGGGAACGCUUCUCCCAAAAGGGGAAUCUGAUGAUCCACACGAGGACGCACACGGGAGAAAAGCCGUUUCCCUGCUCUGUUUGCGGUCAGACCUUCUCCCGCAAAGACAUCUUGUCCAAACACACCAGGACGCACACGGGCGAGAAACCUUUCGCUUGCUCGGUCUGCGGCGAAAAGUUUACGCAAAGCGGCAACUUGAAGACGCACACGAGGAGGCACACGGGAGAGAAACCUUACAGCUGUCGCCUGUGUCACGUCAAGUUUGCGUACAAGUAUCAAGUCAACAAACACAAGUGCGCCUCGGAUAUCGCCGCCGCGCACUGAACUUUCGCUCGUGGUUUUUCCACUUGGACUAAAUCGCGUAGCCUUUUAUCGCCGCCCGCAAGUCAAAGAUACUGCGCUGUAGAACGUGAGGAUGGCGAUCCCAAGGGGACAAAAUAAUAAAUACUUUUGUUAUUGUAUAGCAUGUUGGUAUUUUAGUGCCUAAUGAGUAGGGAAUGAAUAGUGAUUCCAAACGCAGUUGUCAUGCAUUUCCCUUCUCACUAAUUGUUAAUGCAUCAUAUUUCACGUGCAUAUAUUGUAUCGGUAUUGCUGUGACUAUUCUGCGGUUACUCCAGCAAACAUGCAAACUUUUUUUUUUUCUUUUUUUUUUUUUUUUUAAUAUAUAUGUAUAAUAAAAUUACC